AUGGCCAGUCGGCCUGGCAUAGUGCGAAAAUUGGACGAGGCCGUGGUGAUCAGGAUCGCUGCCGGUGAAGUGCUCCAGCGACCUGCAAAUGCGGUAAAGGAGAUGUUGGAAAACAGUUUGGACGCUGGUGCGACGUCGAUUCAAGUGUCGGUGAAAAACGGUGGUCUGAAGGUGUUGCGAAUUCAGGACAAUGGCAGCGGGAUUCGACGGGAAGACUUGCCCAUUGUUUGCCACCGUUUCACGACGAACAAAUUGAAGGAGUUCGCUGACCUGAGUUCAAUUGCCACUUACGGAUUCCGUGGAGAAGCACUGGCCAGUAUCACACAUAUUGCCCAUGUCACAAUCACUACGAGGACUGUUGACGACAAGUGCGCUUACAGGUAA